GAUUAAGGGUUGCCUCAUACAGAGCUAUGUGUUACGCAUGAGACAAAAAAAGAAUGGCGCUUUUGCAUGUUACUGCAUGAUUUAUGAGUUACGAGUUGCGAAGAUAGCACAAAGGUAAAGGGAGAACUCAUAGUGCGUCAGUGAUUAUUCACACCUCGAGCUUCACAACGCGCAGUGUCUGAUGUUAAACUAUAAUUAACUUAUAUUAAACAAUAUACAAGUAAAGUAGAACGUAAAAAUGAGCAAGUACAAUAAUGUGAAUUUUCAUAAAGUGACGGCGUCUACAGAUCAAGAUUUUAUAGAGAAGAAAUUAAUUGACGACAAUGAAAAACUAAAUUUCAACUAUAAGCAGUUUUUGGGAUUAAUGUUAGGAUUAACACAUUAUAUAAUUGCUGGCAUUACUUCCGGCUACGCAUCUGUAUUUAUAGUUCAAGCAAGCGACACAGAAGGUUUAAAAAUAACAAAAUCUGAAGCAUCAUGGAUAGCUUCAAUUGUUGUGGUACCCAUGGCACCAGCUGGUUUACUUUGCGGUUUCCUUCUGAACAAAAUAAGAAAGAAAACCGUUUUAAUAAUUAUCACUUUAUUCGAAAUACUUGCAUGGGUAAUAAUGUACGGCAGUACAUCUGUUACUGGUAUACUUAUUGGACGUGCCCUUUCCGGAAUAGCAAGUGCAAUGGGAUCACCAAUUAUUCCUCCGUACUUGGCGGAAAUUUCACAUCCAAACAUGCGUGGAUUGUACCUUUGUAUGGUACUUUUAGGAAUAUCCUUAGGUCUGUUGGUAAUUCAUGUAUUGGGAGCGUUUUUCACUUGGAACAUGUGUGCAUUAAUAACUGCAUUGAUUCUUGUGGUAUAUUUCUGUUUAGUGCUCUAUUUGAAUGAGACAUAUGCCUGGUACCUGCGGAAUGAUAACAUAGAAGAGACCAAAAAAGCUUUUUGUUGGUACAGAGGUAAAAGUGCAUGCUCUAUGCUGGAGUUAGAAAAGUUGCUUGCAAAACGUCACGAAAACGCUAGUAAUAAUUACACUAAAAAGCAAAUAUUACAUUUGUGUUUAAGUAAAUUGUUAUUAAUGCCAUUAGCUAUCUCAACAGUAGGAAUGCUUACCAUGCAUCUUUCAGGCAUGAAACCAAUUAUGUUCUACUCAAUCAGUAUUGUCAGUCAGGUCAUUCCGUCAUUGGAUCAGUACACAUCAACGAUAGUUGUAGAUAUUAUUCGUAUCUUUAUGACUUGUGUUGGUUGCGUAUUAAUUAAUAAGUUUCCUGUUCGUCCAUUGUUUAUUAUUAGUGGAAUUGGAAGCGCCAUAUCACAUUUUUGUUUUGCUGCAUUCUUUUCAUACACCGUAAAUAGUGUAGAUCAAACGUAUCCAAUUCUUGCGCUGAUAGCAUUGAUAAGUUACACAGCUUUUUCGUCGAUUGGUAUUGCUCCGUUGGCGUGGAUUAUAGCAGGUGAAAUUUUUCCGUUUAUUUUGAAAGGUAUUGCGUCGGGCAUGUGUUGUUUCGUGUAUUUCUUUUCAUUUUUUAUUAUUGUGAAAAUCACGCCUGAAAUGUUUGAUGCUUUCGGCAUUGCCGGAGGUUUUGUGAUAUUUGGAGGUUGUACACUUUUGGGCACAAUUACGAUGUAUUUUAUUUUGCCGGAAACAAAGAACAAAACGUUAAAAGAAAUUGAGGACUUGUUCAGAUAGUAUUAUGGCAAACGUCAAAAAUAAUCGCAAUGCACACUACCUAGUUGCCAUACUUUUAACAUAGUUUUUUAAAAUGUAUUAAAACAUUUAAUUUAUAAUCAUUAUCUGUUUCAAUUCUAUACCUAGUCAAACUUUGUAAUUGCGGAUAUGAUAAGUAUACAGAAUGUCACAUUCCUAGUUUUAGGAAUGCGGCAGACAUUACCUAUUUAUAUAGGUACAUAGUAUUGUGAUAAAACAACAAGCUCUUUGUUUUGCUGAUAAUUGAAUUUAUAAAUGUUAAUUUUAAAUUGAGCUUGAUGUCAAAGCCAAUGUAAUUAAAUAUUUAAAAAUAUUUUAUUUAUCUUUGCAUGUAGCAUCUAAAAUCAUUUCUUUUCUUCAAAAUUUUGUGUUGUAAGUACCUGUAUAUUUGCCUAACUUACAAUUAAAUCGACUUUUAUCUUUUAAAAA